AUGCAGCCCGUCCUCACCGACGUUGCUUCUGCGCAGCCCGCGGCCUGCCCCCAGCACAUGCACAACACCGGCACAAGCCACAGCGCCGCCAACGUCCAGGGCCAAGGCAAGGCCUCAAUCACCUCGUCCGACCUCGCCGGCGCAAAUCAGGCAUCAACGGUGACACGAGCCAUCUCGUCCUCUGCGUCGUCACACGUGCUCCUGUGGCUGCUCUUCCUGCUGCUGCCCAACCUCGACCAGCCGCAGCCCAAGCGAGUCAAACCUUGA